AUGAGUCGGUCCACAGACGGAACCCGCCAUUACCGGGACACCCAACGGGCGAAGGCCUCUCCACGUGACGUGACCGCGCGUGCUUCGAAUUUCGGAGUGAAGCGUUCCGCUGUAGAAUUAGGCCGACAAGAGAAGGAAACAAUCGAGAGUCCAAUUUGCUGUUGGAAAAUUAGCGGAAGCGCAAUUUGUACCGAGCCUUUAGCGCUGGAGAUCGGAACUCUAAAUCUGGGAGCCACACCUGAGCGGAACCCGGGUGGCAGGACCAACGUGACGAAUUCCCGUCCAGGUGAGCUACUAGUCUACAACAUUUACUGCCGAGAGGACUACCCAGAGUAUCAUCGAUACUCAUACUAG